GCUCAGCAGGGGUGGCUGUUUCUUUUGUGUCUCUGGGCACCGACUCGCUUUCAUUCCCGAGUUGCUCGCUGCCUCCCUCCCGUAGUUACCGGGCCCCUGGGUGACUGAGGGGGUGGCCCCCUCUCUCUCGCCUCUGUGCGUUGGCUCGCAUUUGUGCAGCAGCAGCAGCAGCCUCCCCGCCGCCUCUCUCUCUCCCCUGUCGGAGAAGAGCCAGGCCCAGAGGGGGAGCCCGUCUGCCAGCCAAGUGCUGCUCCCUGGCGCUCAGAGGCUGCUCCAUCUCCAACUCACUCCCUCGCGCGCUCUCCCUCUCAUUCAUUUCGCCGGCUAAACAUGAGAGAUCAUGGCCGCCUUCGGGCUCCUCAGCUAUGAGCAGAGACCUCUCAAGCGCUCCCGCUUGGGGCCGCCCGACGUCUACCCUCAAGACCCCAAGCAGAAGGAGGAUGAACUUACGGCUGUGAAUGUAAAGCAAGGUUUCAGUAACCAGCCAGCCUUCUCUGGAGAUGAGCAUGGCUCUGCUAGGAAUAUUGUCAUUAACCCUUCAAAGAUUGGAGCUUAUUUUAGCAGCAUAUUAGAAGAGAAGUUAAAACUUAAUACUUUCCAGGAUACAGGAAAGAAGAAACCGCAAGUAAAUGCCAAAGACAAUUACUGGCUAGUUACUGCUCGUUCCCAGAGUGCAAUUCACAAUUGGUUUGCAGAUUUAGCAGGAAACAAACCACUGACUAUUCUGGCAAAAAAGGUCCCAAUUCUCAGUAAAAAGGAAGAUGUUUUUGCUUACUUAGCAAAAUAUUCUGUGCCGUUGCUGCGAGCAGCAUGGCUGAUCAAGAUGACAUGCGCAUACUAUUCUGCCAUUUGUGAAGCUAAAAUCAAAAAACGCCAGGCUGCUGAUCCAAAUCUUGAAUGGACUCAGAUUUCAACCAGAUACCUCCGUGAACAGCUGGCAAAGAUUGCAGAAUUUUAUCACAUGACCUCAAGCCAAGGCAGCAGCUCUGCAGCUGUGUCCCCUGAGAUGGAACAAGCCCUGAAGCAGUGGGAAUAUAAUGAAAAGCUAGCUUUCUAUAUGUUCCAGGAAGGACUGUUUGAAAGACACGAAUAUUUAACAUGGAUAUUGGAUGUCUUGGAAAAAAUAAGGCCUGCUGAUGAAGAACUUCUAAAACUCCUACUACCACUAAUAUUGCAGUAUUCCGAAGAGUUCGUUCAGUCGGCCUACCUGUCACGCCGACUUGCUUUCUUCUGUGCCAGACGCCUCUCUUUGUUAAUAAGUGACAGUCCUAACCUCAUAGCUGCCCACUCACCUAUUAUGAUGAUUGGACCAAAUAACCCACCUCUAGCGGUUCCAAGCCCUACUACAGCCGGGCCUGUGGUCAACCCUGCACAGCUAGUAUGUUCGGAUUUCCUUUCUUGCCCACAACAUCGUCCACUGGUUUAUGGACUCAGUUGUAUGCUGCAGACAAUAACUCUCUGUUGCCCAAGUGCCUUGGUGUGGAAUUAUUCCACAAAUGAAAGUAAAAACAUCAAUCCUGGUUCACCUUUGGAUUUACUUCAAGUUGCUCCAUCUAGUUUACCUAUGCCUGGAGGAAAUUCUGCGUUUAAUCAGCAGGUACGGGGAAAGAUUUAUGAAGUAGAACAGCAGAUAAAGCAAAGAGGCCGUGCUGUGGAAGUGCGAUGGUCUUUUGACAAAUGCCAAGAAACAACUGCAGGGGUGACUAUCAGCCGCGUUUUGCACACAUUGGAGGUUCUGGAUAGACACUGCUUUGAUCGAUCAGAUUCUAGCAAUUCAAUGGAAAGUCUUUAUCACAAGAUUUUCUGGCCAAACCAGAACAAGGAUAGCCAGGAGGUUGCAACUAAUGACGAAGCUGUCGUAACAUUGCUUUGUGAAUGGGCCGUGAGCAGCAAAAGAGCUGGCAAGCAUAGGGCAAUGGCUGUGGCUAAAUUAUUGGAGAAGAGGCAAGCUGAAAUUGAAGUGGAACGAUGUGGUGAGGCAGAAGUCUUGGACGAAAAGGAAUCAAUUUCUUCAGCAUCACUUGCUGGAUCCAGCCUUCCCGUUUUCCAGAAUGUCCUCCUUAGGUUUUUAGACACCCAGGCCCCCUCAUUAUCUGACCCAAACAGUGAACAUGAGAAGAUGGAAUUUGUGAACCUGGUGCUGCUUUUCUGUGAAUUCAUACGGCAUGAUGUUUUCUCCCACGAUGCUUACAUGUGCACUUUAAUAUCACGUGGAGACUUAUCCAUCACUGCAACCUCUAUGUCUCGCUCGCCAACUGGGGAAAAUAUGGAUGAACAGUAUUCUAGGGAACAAGAUGUGAAACUGGAGGACCAUAGUAUUAUGGAACAUAUGUACAUUGACUCGGGAACUGCUAAUAUUUUUGAUGACAUAGACAAGAAUGACUUUAAGACAGACUUUGGUUCGGAAUUUCCAAUAUUUUCUCCAAUGCCUGGGGAGUCUUGUGAGAAUCUGAAUUCCGUAUCAAUGAUAGACAGAAGAAUUUCAACAAUGAGUGAAAAGUCUAUGAAGAGGGAAAAACUGAGGGAGCUGAUUUUUCCAUCAAACUACAACCUCCUUCGCCAUUUGCAAUAUGCAACACAUUUUCCUAUACCUCUGGAUGAAUCUUCAAGUCAUGAAUGUAACCAGCGCAUGAUUCUUCUUUAUGGUGUUGGCAAGGAACGUGAAGAGGCAAGGCAUCAGUUAAAGAAGAUUACCAAAGAUAUCUUGAAAAUCCUAAAUAAGAAAAGCACUACAGAAACAAGCGACUUUGCCGUAAACUGUGCAAAAAAUGUUUUAGCUGGAGAAGAAGGGCAGAAAGUCAGAAAGAACAAACAGGAAACCUUUCCGACAUUAGAGACUGUGUUUACAAAACUGCAACAGCUUUCAUACUUCGAUCAGCAUCAAGUGACAUGUCAGAUCUCCAACAAUGUUCUGGAACAGAUUACUAGUUUUGCUUCAGGGACAUCAUAUCAUCUUCCAUUGGCUCACCACAUACAGCUUAUCUUUGAUCUAAUGGAGCCUGCUUUAAAUAUCAAUGGGCUUAUUGACUUUGCUGUUCAGCUGCUGAAUGAGCUGAGUGUGGUGGAAGCUGAGCUUCUCUUGAAGUCCUCCAGCUUGGCAGGAAGUUACACAACAGGAUUGUGUGUUUGCAUCGUUGCUGUCCUGAGACAUUACCAUGCUUGCCUCAUUCUGAAUCCAGACCAAACUGCUCAGGUUUUUGAAGGAUUAUGUGGUGUUGUCAAACACGUUGUUAAUCCAUCAGAAUGCUCUUCCCCAGAAAGAUGUAUUUUAGCCUAUCUCUAUGAUCUCUACAUGUCCUGUAGCCAUCUCAGAAGCAAAUUUGGAGAUCUUUUCAGUAGUGCCUGCUCAAAAGUGAAGCAAACCAUCUAUAGCAAUGUUCAGCCCUCAAACUCCAACUUGUUAUGGGAUCCAGAGUUCAUGUUGGAUUUUAUUGAGAAUCCCUCAAUCCACAGCCUCAAUUAUUCAAUGUUGGGCAAGAUCUUGAAUGACAAUCCACCUAGUCGCUAUAGUUUUGUGUGUAAUGCACUGAUGAAUGUAUGCAUGGGCCACCAAGAUACAGGCAGAAUCAACGACAUUGCCAAUUUGUGUGCAGAGUUAACUGCUUGCUGCACAGUGCUAAGCUCGGAAUGGCUAGGGGUCUUGAAAGCCCUUUGCUGUUCGUCAAACCAUGUCUGGGGGUUUAAUGACCUUCUCUGCAGUGUGGAUGUGAGUGACCUGUCGUUCCAUGAUUCAUUGGCUACCUUUGUUGCAAUCCUCAUAGCCCGGCAAUGUUUCUUCCUAGAGGAUGUUGUUCAGCAUGUUGCACUUCCUUCUUUACUUACAGCAGCUUGUGGAGAUCCAGAUGCUGAGCCUGGGGCAAGGAUGACGUGCAGGCUUCUCUUCCACCUCUUUCAAACACCUGAGGUUUCCUUGCUGCCUACUGGGAAAUCUUUCCCAGGAAUUCGAUCGUCUUGUGAUCGUCACCUCUUAACUGCUGCUCACAACAGCAUAGAAGUGGGUGCUGUGUUUGCUGUGCUGAAAGCGAUACUGAUGCUUGGUGAUGCGGAAAUUGGAAGCAAUAGCAUGACCUCCUUGAAGAAGUCAGAUUACUCAGUGCGAAGAUUACUAGGUGACCUUAAUGAAGAUGAGAUAUGGGAUGCUGCCUCACAUUCUUUGAAAUCAUGCGGAAAACCUUUCUCCACAGAAACUGCUAGUCUCAGCGAAUAUGCUAGAUAUGUGCUAAGAAGUAUAUGCCAGCAGGAGUGGGUGGGAGAACACUGCUUGAAAGAACCUGAAAGACUGUGUACCGACAAAGAUCUUAUCCUGGACCCAGUCCUUUCAAACAAGCAAGCACAAAAAUUGUUGCAGCUUAUCUGUUAUCCUCAUGGUGUUAAAGAAUGUGCAGAGGGUGACAAUCCUCAGAGACAACACAUCAAGCGCAUUCUUCAGAAUUUGGAUCAGUGGACUCUCCGCCAAUCGUGGUUGGAGCUCCAGCUGACGAUCAAACAGUGUAUGAAGGAGCCUGGUUCUGGGUCUGUGGCUGAAAUGAACAGCUUGUUGGAUAAUAUUGCAAAGGCGACGAUAGAGGUGUUUCAGCAAUCCGCUGAUCUAAACAAUAACUCUUCUAACUCUGGUAUAGGCCUCUUCAGUCCAAACUCUGUUGGAAACGCUGACACACAUAAUACGAGGCAGAAAAGUAAAAAGACGUUUCUAAGUUCUUCUGAGAGGCGAGGCGCUUGGCUAGUGUCUCCCCUGAUCGCGAAGCUGCCUACCUCUGUUCAAGGCAGAGUCUUGAAAGCAGCUGGAGAAGAGCUGGAGAAAGGCCAGCAUUUGGGAUCGUCUUCAAAGAAGGAGAGAGACAGGCAGAAGCAAAAGAGCAUGUCUCUUUUGAGUCAGCAACCUUUCCUUUCUUUGGUACUUACUUGCCUUAAGGGACAGGAUGAGCAGCGAGAAGGGCUUCUAACAUCUCUACAAAAUCAAGUUAAUCAGAUAUUAAGCAACUGGAGGGAAGAGAGAUACCAGAAUGAUGUUAAAGCUAGACAGAUGAUGCAUGACGCUCUGCAACUUCGUCUUAAUUUGGUGGGUGGAAUGUUUGACACGGUGCAGAGAAGUACACAGUGGACCACAGAAUGGGCACUUCUGCUCCUUCAAAUAAUAACAUCAGGAACUGUUGACAUGCAAACAAACAAUGAAUUGUUCACAACUGUACUUGACAUGCUGAGUGUGUUGAUCAAUGGAACCUUAGCUUCUGACCUAUCAAAUGCAACCCAGGUGGGGUCUGAAGAGAACAAAAGAGCAUACAUGAAUUUGGUGAAAAAGCUGAAAAAAGAACUGGGAGAUAAGUGUUCAGAAAGUAUUGACAAAGUUCGUCAACUUCUUCCCUUGCCUAAGCAGAUGUGCGACAUAAUUGCUUGUGAGCCUAUGGGAUCACUAAUUGAUACCAAGGGAAACAAAAUUGCUGGAUUUGACUCCAUCGAUAAGAAACAGGGGCUUCAAGUCUCAACUAAGCAGAAAGUAUCCCCCUGGGAUUUAUUUGAGGGCAACAGAAAUCCUGCUCCGCUAUCCUGGGCUUGGUUUGGAACUGUCCGUAUCGAUAGGAAAGUAAUAAAAUACGAGGAGCAGCAACACCUUCUCCUCUACCACGCCCACUCUAAACCCAAGCCCCGAAGUUACUACCUCGAGCCUUUACCCCUCCCUCCUGAAGAAGAGGAGGAGGAGGAAGAACCAACUACCCCUGCGUCUCAGGAACCGGAAAGGAAGUCAGCAGAGCUGUCAGAUCAGGGCAAACCUUUAGCAGAUGAAGAGAAGAAGGCAAAAGGCAAGAAGCGGAAGACAAAACCAACUUCCAAACUUGAUGAUUACCCUCAGAACAAUGUAUAUAGAGUCCCUCCCAACUAUUCACCACUUCCAUCUCAAAUGAUGCACCACCCCCAGUCUGCUUUGUGGGGCUAUAAUGUUAUGGGGCAGCCCCAGCAAGCUGCUUUCUUCGUCCAGAACCAGCCUCUUCCACCAGGUGGCUCCAGAUUGGACCCUCCCAACUCCUUUGUCCCAAGCAACACAAAACAAGUGCUGUCUAACAUGCUGCAGAGGCGUUCUGGCACCAUGAUGCAGCCACCAUCAAUUCACGCAAUUGCUUCACAGCAGCAGCAGCAGCAACUGCUCCAGAUGAAGCUACUUCAGCAGCAGCAGCAGCAACAGCAGCAGCAGCAACAGCAGCAGCGGCUUCUAAGGCAGCAAGCCCAGGGUCCGACUAUCGACCAGGCUGCUCUUUUUGCUCAACAAAUCCGGCCAGCUUCUCAGCUUCCGCAAUAUCCAGGGAUACAGCAGACACAGACUAUUCCUCAUGGCUACACAAUGUAUAGCACUCAGAUGCCAUUGCAAUCACAGCAGGCCGGGGGCAUCGUCCUUUCGCCUACCUACAACUCCAGGGCCUAUCAAGCAACUCAUUUGAACCCUGCUCUGAUGGAAAGGCUACGGCAGACACAACAACAGCCAAGUGGGUACAUUCAUCAGCAAGCAGCUGCCUAUCCUCAGCCUCUAACGGGCAACCAGCGAUUGAGUCAUCAGCCUUUGCAGCAGAAUCCCUUGGUUGGAGGGCCGCUCGAUGCCAUGCCAGCCACAGCUUCCCACCCAAACCUUAACUCAGUUCAGAUGCCUCAGGAACAGAUGAGACAGAGACAACAACAAAUUCGACAACAGAGACUCCUUCAGUUGCAGCAGCAGCAGCAGCAGCAGCAAGGACAGCAGCAGAUGCUUAGUCUCCAAGCAAUGCACCCUCAGCAACCUUUGUUUCCAAGACAAGGCUUGCAGCAGACACAACAGCAGCAACAGACGGCUGCCCUCGUCAGACAACUCCAAAAACAGCUGUCAAGUAACCAGCCACAGCAAGGUGUGAAUCCAUAUGGCCAUCCUUCAAACUUCUGAAUCUGGAAGAUGGGAAUAAGACAAAGUGUUUGCACUGAAGAAUAGGGAAACAGAAUUUGUUGCACUAAUUAUCUCUCUCUCCCCCUCCCAAUUUUUUGUGCUGCAACUGAUGUGAAUAUAUAAGAAAUAGGUGAUUUUUUUGUUUUUGCACUUAACUAAUUAUAAAUGUAUGGAUUAUGUGGGAUUAUAUGAAGAACAUUUGUUGCUGAAGAAUAUAUGGAUUUGGUGCUUUUAGGGUAUUAACACUCCCUGCUCCCCUCUACAGGAUUAAAAAUCCUUCCUUUCUUUUUGUGGAAAACAAGUUUUGUUUUUCUUAAGACCUGCACUGGACCAAACUACUUACGAAAAAGGCACUUCCAUAUUUUUUUUAUUUAAUGCACAAGGGUGGUUCCCCCCCCUUUGUUUUCGGUAGAAUGUGUAUUGAUUUCGGUUUUUUAAAUUAAUUUUGAUCAUGUUUGUAGAUUUCAUAAGCACUUUAUAAAAGAAUUUGUUUGCAAAGUUCCUGAUUUUUUUGUUGCUUUUAUUGUGGUAAUAAAGUUCCUGAAGGAGG